CAUUCGCGGAGUACCGUACAGCUGCAUAGCGAGCACGCGCAGCACCCUUUUCUCGCUACUAGCCAAGGACUCUCCACUCAUCCGAAUCCAGCACCCAACCGCAUCUGCCGAGACUCGGCAUGCCAUCCUGGCUGCCUUCGAUCGCCUACCCUCCGGCCGGGGAUGAGGAUGGAUAUUGGACUCCGAUCACAUCGACUAUAGACUGGUGCGAAGAGAAUUAUUAUGCCACCAGGUAUUCAGCGGAGAUCGUCAACAGUUUGACCAAUCUCCUGUUUGUUUACCUUGCGUUUAAGGGCAUGCACAAUUGUCUACGCCACGGCCAUGACUUCAUUUUCUUCGUCACAUUUUUUGGCUAUCUCAUCGUGGGCUCAGGCAGCCUAGCGUUUCAUUCAACACUGAAAUACCCGAUGCAGCUGGUGGACGAGUUAUCAAUGAUUUAUACGACAUGUCUCAUGUUCUGGGCGACGUUCGAACACAAGAGACCGAUGGGCUUCAAGAUUGCGCUUGCAAUCGGGGUCGCCGCGCUUGCGAUCUUCGUCACCCUCUAUUACCAUUACCUGCAGGACCCUUCGUUCCACCAAAACGCCUAUGCAAUCCUCACUGCGAUUGUACUCUUCAGAUCCAUGUACAUCAUGGAACGGGACAUUCGACCAUAUUUCAGAGGCAGGCAUCUAGAGCACCAAAGGUUGCAACAGGACAGUUCUGUCACGCCAGGUACAAGAGCGGCCGAACGGCUGAAAGACGAGAGGGAUGUAGAGAUCUUGCGCCGGAUGUGGAUACUCAUCGCGGUCGGUCUUACACUCUUCUUGGGCGGAUUUGGUAUUUGGAACCUCGACAAUGUCUACUGUUCCAAAAUCAGAAGCUGGAGACACGAAGUCGGCCUACCUUGGGGUUUGUUACUUGAGGGCCACGGAUGGUGGCAUCUCAUGACUGGGUUAGGAGCCUAUUUCUACAUUGUAUGGGGCAUCUGGCUCCGACAUUGCCUAAACGAGAAAGCUGAUGACUACGAGUUAACCCCACUGUUGGGAUUAUGA